UUAUUUAAACCUGGCCUUGCUAGAUUGUCUCAGACCCACCCUUUUCCUUGACUGAUACCUCUGCGUCCAAAUAUCAACAAAGUGAACAAACCAUUCCUCUUCUCUCUUCCAUCACUUUCCUGAAGCCUUCUUCCAUUUCCAAUUCCAAAGCAUUCAAAUGGCAGCUUUUUCAUACCAGCAACCUUUUCUUCUUGACUCUCUUUUCAUGCCAAACACUCCCUUUAAGUUUCCUGGAUUUUCCGAGGAACCAAACAACACCCCUACCUGUUUUUAUCAUUUAUACCAACCUGAAACUCUUCGGGAUAUUGCUGAGGAAUUUAGUGUCCCUGAAAGUAGCUGCUUUGAGCAUAGCACAAAAGUUGCUCUUAGCAAUAAUGAACCCUCUGUGACAAACAAACAUAGCCCAGAUUCCUCAUCAGUCAUUGAUAAACUAGAGAGUGGUGAACAAGUCACUCAGAAGCUGACCCCUAUGGAGAAGAAGAGGAGGUGCGCGGAUGGCUCUUCUUUGAGUUCUGCUCAGUCUAAGGGUGCAAGAGUAAUGAAAGGGAAGAAGCAAAAGAUGAGCAAUGGUGGAAUGAAAGAAGGUGAAGAAAAGAAGCAUAGAGCUGAUAAAAAGGAUAAGAACAAAGUUGCUGAAGAAGCUCCUAUAGGCUACAUUCAUGUAAGAGCAAGGAGGGGCCAAGCAACAGACAGUCACAGCCUCGCAGAGAGGGUGAGGAGAGAGAAAAUAAGUGAGAGGAUGAAGUUGUUGCAAGCUCUUGUUCCUGGGUGCGACAAGGUGACUGGAAAGGCCCUGAUGUUGGAUGAAAUAAUUAACUAUGUCCAGUCCCUACAAAAUCAAGUAGAGUUCCUUUCUAUGAAGCUUGGUUUCAUGAAUCCCAUGUUCUACGACUUUGGAAUGGACUUUGAUGCUCUCAUGGUUAAACCUGAGAAGUUGAGCAGCUUGGCAUCACCCCUACCAAAUGUGUUGCAAUGUAGCUCUACCCAGCCCACAGUAUUUUCUGAUACAACCAAUACCACCUUUAGCUCAGCCAACAACCACCCUCUUCUGAACACGUCUACUUCAGUUCUGUUUCAAGAAGGGCAGGGGCCAAAUAGCCUCUCUCAGGCUAAUGGACAGCUCUUGUGGGAUGUGGAUGGCCACAGCCCAAAACUUCUAAAUCAAUCUGGUUUCACCAACAACUUGUGUUCUUUCAAUUAAUAUGAGACCAAAGCUGCCCUACAAACAUCUGUUAGUAUGAGGAUUUCACUGCACCAAAAAAAUGGAUGAAAGAAGGGGGUGGCAUAGUACAAAAAUCUUCUUAUUCUUUAGUAUCAAGUAUAAUGGUUCAUCAACUCAAGGCUCUGGUUCAAAGUCAAGUGGAUUGUGGAGUCUGUGGAACAUGAAUAAAGGGCAUUCAGAAAAUCUCUGGUAGAAGAAGACAACAGAGACACAAAAAGACAUAGAUAACCGACCAAAUAUGACUAGAUCUGAUGUAGAUUCUCUGUUACUGUCCAUUUUGACUUUAAAGUCUUUAGCACAAAGUCCUAGAGAUUAGCUUGUGGUUGUUAAACCUAGACUAGCCAUAUUGAUGUAAAAAAAUAACAGAGUAACUGUAUGAUUCUUCUUAAUGUUAUUAUCGUUUUCUGUUUUUACAGUUAAACUUACCGUUUUAUAUCUUGUUCUUUGUUAAUUUU